AUGCAUGAACACAAAGCGGAGCUACGGCUAAUAACCGUUGCACUUAACGAAGCAUCCACCGAUUCCCCCUCUUUUAGAGCUUCUGUCAAUUAUUUCCAUACCAGAAUGGAAUCUCUGAGUAGUUGGAUGCACAGUACUGUGGAUUAUGUAGAAAAUACGUACAAGCCUUCGUUCCAAGACUUCCAAAGAAUAAAGGAAACACUAUUUUCACAGCUGCUCCCUUCUCCUAUAUUACUCUCCAAUGGAUUUGUCAGUAACCAGCCAUAUACUCCCUUGCUUGUAAGAGACUUUACUAGAGAUGUCAGUGACCUUUCAAAUACGGUUAUGAAAAUAAUUUUAGGUGAUGAAAACUCACAAUACACUGCGGCAUUGUCUGCUUUGAGCUCUGAUGCUAUUAACCCUUACUUCAACAAGAGAAAAACUUUUGAAUACUACCAAAGGAAGUAUGAUUCGUUUUUAACUGACUUUUUAGCGGCCACUAAUGAUGGCAAUACUUUAAUUCCACAAAAUCUGCAAAAUGAAACAUUCAAAUUAGUCGAUAUUAAACACAAAUAUAUAGAAGCUUCCUUGGAUUUGACUGAGGCUAUUUCGUUAAUGAAAGUUAAUUUGGAUAAAUUCCUGAUAGAGACAAUAGACAUUGUGCGCAAAAAUAACGUUAUUACUACCAAGGACACCAAGGACGUUAUCGACAUUACUCCCGAACUUACGGAAACAUUAAAGGAUUGGACCGAUUGGAUAGAAAGUAACCUUCAGACUUUACAAGCAUUGUCAUCCAAGCUAUCUGAAGCUAAGUAUGCCAUUCUGAAGCUCAGCUUGGCAAGAAUGAAGCCAUCUCGCCUGAUACAAGACUAUGAUUUGAAAAGCAUACAAAAUUUGAAGUUUAACCUUCCAAAAUCGAUAAGUAACGGAAAUAAUUCUGAGGAAAAAGGGCUAUCGGGUUGGUUGUACAUGAAAACUACAGUUGGUCAUGAUCCGAAAAGAGUUGUGUGGGUAAGAAGAUGGUGCUUUCUACAGAACAAUGUUUUUGGAGUUUUUUCACUGUCGCCUAGCAAAACUUAUGUCGAAGAAACCGAUAAAUUCGGUAUAUUAUGGAUAACUGUAGAAUAUCUGCCCAAAGAACCUAGAAAUUUUUGUUUCAAAUUGAGGAUUCAAAAUCCAAAUUGCAAAACAGAAGAAGAAAAUACAUACAUAGAUAUCAUCCUGCAAGCUGAAAGUAUUGACGAGUUAAAAUCGUGGAUAAACACCUUAACUUCUCACAAAAGAAUCGCAUUGUCGAUAAAGGAGGAAAACGAUCCUCGUUAUCAAUUGGCGAGAAAAAAAAUUGAACCUCAAUUUUUCGAGUUUGCUUCAAGUAGCUCAACGUCAACAGAUAAAUUAUUAACUUCAUUUUCCAGUAAAACUUUGACAUUGGUAGAAGAGCUAAAAAAAAAUUAUAUGUCAGAGGAUGAUAUAUACUCUAUCAUUGAUAAUAAGGCAUACCAUCUGAGAGUAAUUUCUACACCGAUAGCCACGCAGUUGACUCAUUUGGCUUUAUUCUCUACAUUUCUAUCUGUAUCAAAUUAUUAUCCGUGUGCUACCCAGGCAAACACCUGGGGUACGGCAAAUUGGAAUGAUUUGUCCUAUUUAGUCAAUCCACUCAAAGGAAGUUCAGUACACAAGCCAGCCACAGUAUCGAAUUCUUCCAGGUUUUCCGUUAGCUACCCCGACUAUUAUCCAUACAGCCUGAAAGUCGAUGAUAUACAAUUUAGAUCAAUUUUCUUUUCAGUGAAUCAUGAUUUUUUACAAGUCCCAAAAGAACUUGUUCUUUUAAGAUAUUCAUCGGUGUGGUGCCCGAACAAUAAACAAAAAUUUGCAUCUAUGGCUUUUGUUACCCUUAACCACAUUUAUGUCUAUUUAAAUAUUUCAGGCUUUUCAUAUUUGAGAAGAAUAGAUUUACUAGAUAUCGACUCAAUCGAAUAUGAUAAAAGCCCAAAACAUGUUUCUUCAAGAAUGCUGCACAUGCAAAGAGGCGAUGGACUCAGGUUUAAUAUGUCCGUCUUUUUUACAGAUCGAAGAGCAGUUGCCUCAAAGUUACAAUUUCUGAUAGAAAAUAAGGCAAUGCAUAUCCCAAAGGGCGAAAAAGAGGUUUUAGAAAUUUUCCAGGAAUUAGACGAAGAGAUUGAGAACGAAAAAAAAAUCAUCAAAGAUAAUUUGUCAGAAUCAGAACAUUAUUCAAAAGAUUAUGAUUAUCUAUUGAAGAGCACGUAUGACCAUCAUUUUGAGAAUACUAACGAAACGCCUAUGGAAUUAAUGAGCAGGAAACUCCGUUUAGAAAGGGAAGCCUGGUGCUACUUUCAAGACAAUUUUAAAGUCGGAAGCAAGACGCUAUUCCACGUUCUUUUUGGAGACAAAUCUCAAGUUUUUCCAAGUUCACUAUUUCUUUGUAAGAAGGGCAGUAACUUGAAUAACAAUUCAUACUGGGAGCGCAUUAGGCGCGCGAAAGAAGAUGCAAGUUGUCAAUUUGAACUUUGCCGUAAGUUACAGUUUCAACUGAAUCGAACUUCUAAUUUUAUCAAAGAUCUAUUAUGGUUGAAGGAUGACAAUGACAACUUCAAAUUAGUUCUUCAGCAGCGUGUGACAAAAAUAAAACAAGGUUAUUAUUUUGAGGUGGAAGAAGGUCCCAUUAUUGUGAAAUUUCCGCUAUGCCAUCCCUUACUCCUUCGUGUGAGGUUCAUAAUUGCAGAAUGUAUCACCUCUCAAGGAGAGUCCCUCAAAAAAUGUGACCUGGCAAUACUAUAUGACUUCAACUAUGUUGAAUCUAUUGAUAAGUUGAAUACCAAAGUUGAAAAACUAUGGCUUUUUGAAAGAAUACACCUCAACUGGGCAUUGAGAUAUUGUAAACUUGAACAUUCUGAAAUUAACAGAAAGACGAGGGAAUAUCUAAAAAAAUUCAACGAUAGAGAAAAAAUGAGUGAUGUUAUUAAAUUGUGUGGAUUCCUUGGUGUUUUACCAAAGGAAAGAAUAGAAAACGAUGAAAAGGCCGGCGAUUUCAUGCAACCUGUAUAUAUCAAUUAUGAUUUUCUGUCUCUUUCAAAAAUUUUUACAAAAUUGACCGUGUUUUAUUUAAGCAGUGUCAUCAUUAAGACCAUGAAAGUUUUACUGGCAAUGGUAAUGGUUAUCUUCAAAUGUUUUUCAAAAGUUAACAAAACUUUAUACUAUUGUCUUUUGAUAUCUGCGGUAACCAAUUUGUUCUUUGUUGGUAAAUCUAUUCAUUCAUAUUUCUCCGUAAAGUCAGCCGAAACCCUAUUUCAGAACUAUGCCAAUGGUGAUCAGCGAGGACUUCAAAUCAUGCAUCGGUCUUUGACAGUGCCUGAUUUGAACCUACUUACAAGAAAAAUGAUGGAUAAUGACCAGGAAAAUCCAGUAUUCAAGAGAUUUGACGAAGACAAAAAUGCAUACCAGUACAAAGGAACAAGGCAAGAAAUUGCAAUUAAACGAAACCAAGUGCUGACGGAAUUAAAAAUUCUACAAAAUACGGAAAAGGAACUCGUACAGGGAAGUUACAGAAAAUUCAUAAUAACAGAAAGAGACAAAUGCAUCACCACUCAGAAUGAAAUCUUUGAUUUAUGGAUAAACGAUACCAAACUACAAGAUUAUUGUAUGGCAUGUUUUGCAGAGUACAACAGAUUAUCUGCCAUUCCAGUCUGA